AUGUCGCUGAAGCCGUUCAGAAUACCAGAGACGCGUCUGAUAGUGGCCAGCGAUCUCGUGGUACAGGUGACGUUGACGUUCCGGACAGACGACGACGAGGAGCUGAGCUACCGGUACGCGCACGACAUGGAGCUGCAGUCUCUGGUGCAGACAUCAGUAGUAUCACUAGUGAACUGCGGAUACACCAACGGGGUGGCUCGGGGACCCGGGUUCGUGCUGCACCAAAUGCGCAAAAAGUGGCCGAUAGGUAAGCGGUACAUAUUCACGCGCGACGGCGAGCCACUGCAUUCGAGUCAGCACAAGUACUUCUUCCAGCUGGAGUUCGUGGACGACCAGCAGACAAGUGACCAGGUACCAGCUCUAGAGGUUGUGGAGCUGCGCGGAGCCCCGGUGUCGCCGAGCGCAUCGUCGAUUGCGGGAUCGGUGAUUGAGGGGCUGGACGCGCUGCCGCUGCCACCAGUGGCGCCUCUUGGAUAUGGAGAGCAGCUGGACGAGACUGCAUAUAAUGGACUGCAGGCUCCUGUUGUUGAAAGAAGACGCGGGUCGGAUGUGUCUAUGCGCGGGGCAGCGUCUCCGGGAAUCAGAAAUCAGCUCAUGGCGCGGGACGGCGAGGCAAUGGAUGUAUCGCCACGUAGUGCUGGUAGGGUGCGCCGGCUUGUGCAGCAUUCGAUACAACAGCCAGCGCAUUUCUCACCACGGCAGCCGCAGCAGCCAGCGCAUUUCUCACCUCGGCGGUACCAACCGCAGUCGCCGCCAACGAGCCCCCGGCUUCGGCGUCCGACCUCCCGAAGCAGCACAGUGUCUAUGAGCGAGCCCCGAAGCGGUCGGCCGCCGGUUCCUCCUGAUGGAGCAGCCCAGAGAACGCCCGGCAGCGCACACCAGAGACAGCGCCCGGCCCAUUCGAGCUGGUACCGGCCAUUGCAUGGGGUUUCGCCAUUGUCCCGGCAGCCCAAAUCGCUGAGCAGUGAAGUUGAGUUUCUGUCGGCGCGGGAAGAAAGCUUCCAGGAGAGCAGCCAUGAGAUUCUGCGCGACCCACAUGCCAUAGGCGACGCUCAGCCGCGGGAGGCCGUGACUAGCAAGUUCAAGCGCAAGAUGCUUCAUCCGGUUGACCUGCGCAGAUCCAGUCGUCGCCGCAGCAGCCUGUCGCGCGAAAUACCCGUGCUGGAGUCCGAUACGGAUGUCAAUACCAGCGAUUUCACGAACAUCGAUACGCCAGCAGCCCCAACGCCCGACAGAGGCAGCAGCCUGAAGGUUAGAAUGCUGGCUGCUCCGCAGUCGCGGAUCUCCAGGGGGUCUUUGCGCAGUCGCGGGCUAAGCGGCGCCAGCCAGCAGAGCAGAGCAUCGACCAACUCGCACCACCGGCAGACCGAAGAUGAGGAGGACGGGCAAGCGAGCACUGUGGCGCUGACAGGGACGGGCUCAACGUCGUCUGUGGGGUCGGUAGCAGCAAGCCCUCAUUGUCAGGCAGAGCUGCCGCACUCGCCCCCAGUGUCUAAACCGCCGCGCGCUGCCCCGACAAGGGCCAUGACGGCGUCUGAUAUCCAGCCGACCAAGAGCUCGUUGUGGAGCCGGCUGCGAGCGCCGUUUGGCGGACGGGUAGACAAAUCGCCAAUCAGGCCCAGUGUACGCGAGCGCAUUGCUGCGUUCAACUCGAUGGACCAGCUGGGUACUGACAAUAGCCACACAUUCGCUGCCAGACCGCAAAGCACAGAAAGCACAUAUGCGUUUAUCGGCUCCAAUUCUCGCAGGUCGUCGCUGAUAUCACCGGUGGGCGUGCGGGCGGAGAGCCGUACCGGCGGCUCGACCCGCACAGCCUCGCCAGCGCAGUCCAAUACCAGCAUGGUGUCGGCGCGUGUGCAGGAGGCUAUCAAUCUGUUCACAGGUACCACUCCCGACAAGGACACUGGUGCGCUGGUUGGUGGCAGAAGAUCGGCUACUAGUGGAGUCAAGCAUGCAAAGCCCGUCGAUUAUGAUGAUGAUUUCAUCUCACCGACCAAGCGUCAGCGAGCACAUACGCAGGACGAGUAUCGCAUGGCGUAUGCUAGCAAUAAGCCAGACCGAUCCAUGGGCGCAUCGUCGGGAGUCGGUGGACUGAACCCCGUCACGCUGGUCCAGCGCAUGGCCCAGCGCUACCCACGCCCGUAG